AUGAAGAAGUCAGUCGGCCUCCUCGAGGACAACCUGCGAACAAUCAGAGCUGGAAAGGCAACACCUUCUCUGCUGGACAGCGUGAGGGUGAACGCAUAUGAGACGGUCAUGAAGCUCGAAGAGGUUGCGACUGUGACAGCCACAGCCUCGAAGCGUUCGGCCGAAGCUGCUGAGAAUUGCGCAUCCACCGUGAGCCACCGUGCAGAGAAGCUCUCAGCCUCUGCGGGUCCUUUGGAUUUUGGAAAGGCCAUCCAGAUAGCCGAUCUGGGAUUCGGGGCAUCGGAGACCAACACUGAGAUGGGCCAGUCCGUGAAGGUCAGCAUUCCCCCGCUCACCAAAGAGAAGCGCGCCCAGUACGUGAAGUUGGCCAAGGACUACGCCGAGAAGUCUAAGGUGGCGGUCCGAAAUGUUCGCCAACAGGGUAUGAAAAAGAUCAAGAGCUUCAACAAGAAGCUCCCUGAAGACACAGUGCGUGCCAUGGAGCAAGACGUUGAGGCAGCGGUUAAGAAGAGUGUGGCCGACAUUGAGGCUCAGCAGCAUUCUCUACAUAGCUCGCUGGUUUGA